ACAGUAUCAAUAGGCGGCGUAGUUCACGCUAGCGAGCUCGUCAUUCUCACCACCCACCUCCUCACUAAGGCAUCCUAGCACCACCGGCAUCCAGGCGCAGCUGUUCUUACCCCAAAAAGAGCUGAGGAUCGGUAACUCCCUACCAAGAUCAACAAACUGCUCAGCCACCGAUGGCUUGGCAGCCUCCGCCUGGAUAUCCGCCAUACCCAGGUCAACCUGCCCCUCCAUUUUUCCCUCCCGCACCAUCGCCGUACCCUCAGAAUCCGUAUUACCCGCUCCUAUUUCCCCCUCCGCCAGGCUUCCCCGAAUACCCUCCCUAUCCAAUGCAGAACUACGGACCGCCUGGAGGACCGCCCGGCGGACCGCCUCAGGCGCUCCGCCGCCGCCGGCUGGGUCCUCCUCAGGGCUAUCCUCCACCGGGCGGAUAUCCAGGAUAUGGCGCCCCUCAGCAACCGGUGCACGCGGGACCUCCCGUUCCUCCGUCGCCCGGGUACAUUCCCGGACAACGAGGGCACACCGACAUGAACGGGCAGGCGGUGAAACUGCGCGACUCGAUGAAAGGGUUCGGCACGAACGAGGCCAAGCUGAUUGCUGCCUUGGCGCAAGUCCACAAUCCGCUCGACAUGGCGCAGCUCCGGUUCCAGUACGACGAUCGCUUCCGCCGCGACCUAAUCAAAGACAUUAAGAGCGAGACCGGCGGUGACUUCGAGGAGGCCCUCUGCGCCGUCGUUCGCGGUCCGCUAGGCCAAGACGUCUACGCUCUCAACCGAUCGCUCGCCGGCGUGGGGACCAAGGAAGACUUGCUCAACGACGUGCUUCUGGGACGCAGCAACGCCGAUCUGAAAGCCAUCAUGGGCGAAUACCAGAAGAUGUACCGUAAGGACCUCGGCGCUGAAGUGCGCGGCGACCUCUCGAUGAAGACCGCGAAACUGUUCGAAUACGUCAUGGCGGCCAACCGCGCCGAGGAAUCUGCCCCCGUCAUCCCCCAGCAGACCGACGCGGACGUCGACCGCCUGCAGCAGGCGACCGAGGGCACCAAGUUCGGCACCAACCAGGAUGUGGUUGUACAGGUCCUGGCGCAGCGGAGCAACGGGCAGAUCCGCGCGAUCGCCCAGGCGUACCAGAGCAAGUACCGGCGCUCGCUCGACGAGGUCCUCAAGAAGGAGUUCAGCGGGCACAUGGAGGAUGCGUUGCGGUUAAUGCUAGGGCGCGCGGUGGACCCGGUCAAGACGGAUGCGGACCAGUUGGAGGCCUCGAUGAAGGGGUUGGGGACAAAGGACGAGCUGCUCAUCCAUCGCGUGGUGCAGAUCCAUUGGGAUCGCAAUCGAAUGCAGCAGGUCAGGAAUGCGUACCGGCAGUUCUACAAGAAGGACCUGGUGAAGCGGAUCGAGGGGGAGACACGGGGCGACUACGAGAAGCUGCUGGUCGCGUUGGUGGUGUGAUACCGUUCCGUACCUGUUAUGUCUGUUUCUUAAGCCUCUCGGACUCCAUGAUGUUUUAUAGCUCGCUUUCGGCGAUUAAGGUCUUCACGAAGGAUAUGGGACGGGGAUGGAAAUGAUUAUUGAGCA